UUUGUACUUGUACAACCAACACCAAAAUACCUAUAACACGGCCCUUGGAGCUUGAGAUCAAACAGUGACACUGAAAAUUUAUGAUAAUGAAAUAAAUAUAUACCUAUAAAAAGAGUUCGUUGAAUCAUGGAAGACGCAACAGUAACUCCAGCACCUGAAAAUUCUGUUAAUCAAGAUGAACUUAUCCUUCAACAACAACGGAGCAUCGAAAAAGAGAUAUCGGAAUCAAUACCUCUUAUUGGUGAAAAAGAGUCACUGAAAGGUCUUGAACGCGAGUAUGAAGAAGACCCAGUGUAUUUAUCAAAAGCUAAAGUCUUGGGAGAGAAAUAUUCAUUCAUAAGACGUACCAGACCAGAUGGCAAUUGUUUUUUUCGGGCAUUUAGUUACGCUUACCUUGAAAGGCUGAUCAAUAACAAAGAGGAGUAUGAUAAGUUUAGGGAUCUUGCUUUUAAGAGCAAAGACAAUUUAGUUGCUCUGGGAUUCCCUAAAUUUACUGUUGAAGAUUUUCAUGAUACAUUUAUGGAAGUUAUUGAUAAAGUCGGCGGUGAUCCUGAAACCAGUCAUGCAGAGUUACAUAAAUUUUUUAAUGAACAAGGAUACUCUGAUUACGUCGUUGUAUAUCUUAGAUUAAUAACAUCUGGUCAAUUACAAAAAGAGGCGGAUUUUUAUCAGAACUUUAUUGAAGGCGAUCGAACAGUCGUUGAAUUUUGUCAUCAGGAAGUGGAACCAAUGUACAAAGAAUCAGAUCAUAUUCAUAUCAUCGCAAUGAGUACAGCAUUAAACACCGGAGUGCGAGUAAAAUACAUGGACCGUGGUGCAGGUACCGAAGUUGUAGCCCAUGAUUUUCCAGAAGGUUCAACGCCAUCAGUUCACUUGUUAUAUCGACCUGGUCACUAUGACAUUCUAUAUCCCUGAUGAUGAUAUUAAUAACAUUAAUAAUUAUAAUGGUGAUUUAUUAAUGCUGCUUAAUCUAAUCAAUUUUUCAAAUAAAACCAUUUUUUUUCGCGAUAAAUUUCACUUAAUUAUUCUAUCUACAAAAUCUAUUUAAAAGCACAUUUUAAUAAUUCGAUUUUUUUAUCAAUAAAAACAAAAAAAAAACUAAAUACUAUUAUCCGAGUAUCGAGUACAUUUGAUGUAAUAAUUGAUUUUUAAUAUCCAUUAGUUACUCUACAUAAACAUAAAUUAAUAACAUUUAUUAUUAAAGCUUUAAGUGGAGGUAACUAUAAUUAUUCAUCACAAUACUAGAAGAUGACUAGACAGUUGGUCCCAGGGUUCAUUAGCACAAGUUAAAUAAAAAUAAAUUAACACUGAUUCAACCCUGCUAGAUAAAUCUUGUCAUUAGAGU